AUGGCGAUGAGCAGGAUCCGCGGCGCUUUUGCAGUGCCUAGAAAAGGAGAAACGUUUGAAUUGCGAGCUGGUCUUGUGUACGGAGUUCCUCCACCCUACAAUAGAUCUCAGUAUGCGUACGAACGGAAGGAAGCCAUUCAGAAGACCAUCAUGGCCAUGACACUGGGAAAGGAUGUCUCUGCUCUUUUCCCUGACGUCCUCAAGAAUAUUGCGACGAGUGAUCUUGAACAGAAGAAGCUUGUAUAUCUAUAUCUCAUGAAUUACGCCAAAUCUCACCCGGAUCUUUGCAUUCUCGCCGUGAAUACAUUUGUACAAGACUCCGAAGACCCCAAUCCGUUGAUUAGGGCACUGGCUAUCAGAACAAUGGGAUGUAUUCGGGUGGAUAAAAUGGUCGACUACAUGGAGGAACCACUUCGCAAGACUCUCCGGGACGAAUCACCGUAUGUCCGAAAGACUGCUGCGAUCUGCGUGGCAAAGCUAUUCGACUUGAACCCUUCACUGUGUUUGGAGAAUGGUUUCCUUGAGAUGCUGCAGGAAAUGAUUGGCGAUCCAAAUCCUAUGGUGGUUGCGAACUCGGUGACCGCGCUUUCGGAAAUCCAUCAUGCCGCCCCCGAGACCCGAGCCCUCCAAGUCACAUCUAACGUACUGCGGAAGAUGCUGAUGGCGUUGAAUGAAUGUACGGAGUGGGGCCGGGUCACAAUCCUGACAACUCUGGCAGAAUACAAGACCAGUGAUGUGACGGAAUCGGAGCACAUUUGCGAGCGAGUCGCGCCACAAUUUCAACACGCAAAUCCAGGUGUAGUACUGGCAGCGGUCAAGGUCGUUUUCCUGCACAUGAAGAACAUCAAGCAGGAGUUGUCGAGCAACUACUUGAAGAAGAUGGCGCCCCCUCUAGUGACUCUGGUGUCCUCCGCUCCGGAAGUACAAUAUGUCGCAUUGCGAAACAUCGAUCUGUUGUUGCAGAAGCAGCCUGAUAUUCUGAACAAAGAGCUGCGGGUUUUCUUCUGCAAGUACAAUGACCCUCCUUAUGUCAAGUUCCAGAAACUGGAAAUUAUGGUCCGCAUAGCCAACGACCGCAACGUCGAUCAGCUCCUCGCAGAACUGCGGGAGUACGCAUUGGAAGUCGAUAUGGAUUUCGUGCGGCGCGCCGUGAGAGCCAUUGGCCAGGUUGCCAUCAAGAUCGAGAGUUCAUGCGAGAAGUGUGUAAACACAUUGUUGGAUUUGAUCAACACCAAAGUGAACUACCUUGUACAGGAGGCUAUUGUUGUCAUAAAAGACAUUUUCCGAAAAUACCCUGGAUACGAAGGCAUCAUCCCUACUCUCUGCAAAUGCAUUGACGAGUUGGAUGAACCAAACGCCCGCGCCGCGCUCAUCUGGAUAGUGGGAGAAUAUGCGGAGAAGAUUAGCAAUGCUGGCGACAUUCUGGCCGGGUUUGUGGAAGGGUUCAAUGAGGAAUUCUCACAGACCCAGCUUCAGAUUCUUACUGCCGUCGUAAAGCUAUUCUUGAAGCGGCCUGAGAAGGCUCAAGGACUGGUUCAGAAAGUUCUCCAGGCGGCAACGGCUGAGAACGAUAACCCCGAUGUCCGUGACCGAGCCUACGUUUACUGGCGUCUUCUCUCCAACACAAGUGAUCCCAACGCUACGAAGAACAUCGUUCUUUCCCAGAAGCCUCCUAUUCUGAUCGGUGAACUCUCUACUCUUGCAUCCGUCUACCACAAACCACCAGAGCAAUUUGUCGGUCAGGGCAGAUUUGGCGCAGAUGCCGUGCAACGCGCUGCUAUCGAGGAACAAAUCCAAAACGCCCGUGAAAACCCCUUGGCUGCAGCCGCCGCGGCUGCCGCAGUCACGGGUGCUACACCCCCGCCACAGGCUCAAAACAACAUUGAGAACCUCCUGGAUAUCGAUUUCGAUGGCGCAGCUCCCGCUUCGACCCAGAAAGAACCUGCUAGUGGAAUGUCUGGUCUCGAGGGUCUUGCUGGUACUCCCGUUCGAGUAGAGUCUCCUGUUGUUGGCGCGCCCGCUCCUGCCUCAAGCAACAACCUGGACGACCUCCUUGGUGUGUUCGGCGAUAGCGGCAGUGCCGCCGCACCAGCCAGCAUCGCUGUUCCCAACGGCGGUGGUGCCGCUGCGGAUCUCAUGAACGGCUUCUCUGGCCUUGAUCUCUCCGCCAACACCACGUCGCCACCCCCAGGGGGCAAUCAGCAAAGAAAGACCAACGAGGAUAUUCUAUCACUGUUCUAA